AUGAAGUGGUUUGAAGGCAACAUUACUGAAGCAAUAGCACAAAGUCACGAGCAAAGAAUACCUUUCGUGGUCAUGAUCCAGCAUCCUUUCGAGAGUCAUGAUGAACAAAGCAUACGCAUGUCUCGGCUUUGGGAGAAAGUUGGCAACAAUAUUUGUCUGUCAUCUUUAAUUGGCAUAAGAAUUUUUAGUGGCACAGAAACAGCUAGACAGUUCACCCAGAUUUAUCCUGUAUCAGUUGUGCCGUCAUGUUACAUUAUUGACUUAAAUGGAAGACCUAUAGAAGUCAUCACUAAUUCCAAUGAACUAGAUGAAAAUACCCUUUUGCAAAAACUGAAAACUGCUUAUAAGGACUUCAUACCUGAGCAUUCUUCACUUUUUUUACCUGUAGCAGAUCAAUCGCAUAAGAAAGAAAAUCAAGAGGAUCAGUCAGCUGGUUUUAUGGAGGAUGAUAUGAAGAGGUACCUUCUGUUUUCAAUGUCAUGUGAAAGGCAAAAAAGAAUCGAGAUUGCGAAACAAAGGAAACGCCAUGAAUGUGAAGAAGCGUACCUCAAAAAACUUCGAGAACAAAUUAAAGCAGAUAAAAUGGAACGAAUGGAGGCAAGAUUGUUUAGUACAUCGAAACAGAAAUGCGAAGCAGAGCCUACAAAGCAUCAAACUGGAAUUCCUAAUAGAUUUUCGGAUGGUUCUACUUUGGUGCAUAAUUUUGCUUCAUCUGAUACUUUUUCCCAGCUUGUAGAGUUAGUUGAAAAGGACGGACGCGGGGGCAGCGAUUUUUAUUUGGUGCAAAUGUAUCCAAGAAGAGAAAUUUCUGACUUCACCCAAACAUUUUCUGAACUUGGUUUAAUACCAUCGGCAACAAUGCUCGUAGUUUCUAAACGUCAUCAAAUAGUAGCUAAUUACAAUGGUUUGAAAUGGAUCAAUUUUAUUCAUUAUGCUGUUAUAGCUCCGUUUCAAGCUUUAUACCGUAUCAUCCUUUACAUUGUUGGAUAUAAUAAUUCUCCGGAAGAAUUCAGUUUAAGAAGUUCCAUAAAUACUACAAAAAACAGUGUCCAUAUUUCAAGAAAAGAUGGUCAACAACAGACAAACCAUAUCAGACAGAAUGGAGGCAUACAUAGAUUUCGUAAUAAAGAAGAUUCGUCAAAUUCAGAUGAUGAAGGAAAAUGGAAUGGUAAUUCAACUCAGCAGCUGUAA